AUGAACGUGGCAAGUGUACCCAAGCUUCCCACCGGAAGUAAGUUGCAAGUGGGCAAACACCAAGUUUCCAUCGUCAAGUACAUAUCGGAGGGCGGUUUUGCUCAAAUUUAUGAAGUCCUUAUUGACUACCCCGAAAACGAAUCACAAACGGCUUGCUUGAAAAGAGUUAUAGUCCCUGAUAAGAAUGGCUUGGAUCAAUUGAGAAAAGAGGUUGAAGUCAUGAAGUGUUUACGAAGUGCUCGAAGCAUUGUAUCUUAUUACGACUCUCAUGCCGCAAGACUAGACAAUGUCAACUACCAGGUCUUGGUUCUUAUGGAGCUUUGUCCUGGAGGGUCCUUGCUAGAUUUUAUGAACGCCAGGAUCAAGGUUAAGUUGAAUGAAGGGGAGAUCCUCAAAAUCAUGUUGGACGUUUGCCAGGGUGUUUACGAAAUGCACAGGGCCAAAUUGAUUCACCGGGACAUCAAAAUUGAAAACGUUUUGAUUAAUAAACAAGGGAGUUUUAAAUUGUGCGAUUUCGGAUCUACAUCAGUUCCUAUUUCUCCUCCACAGGAUCAGCAGCAAUUCAAAUUUAUAAGCCACGAUAUCCUUUAUCAUACUACGCCUCAGUAUCGUUCCCCGGAAAUGGUUGAUCUUUACCGAGCAAAACCAAUUGAUGAAAAGGCUGACAUCUGGGCUCUUGGAUGUUUUCUUUUCAAGUUGUGCUACUACACCACACCUUUUGAAGCUAAUGGGGAUAUAGCACUUUUGCACGCAUCAUUUCAGUUUCCUCCAUCACCUCAGUAUUCCGGCGACUUGAAGAAUUUGGUGAUAAUCAUGCUUCAGGAGAAUCCGUUGUAUCGUCCAAAUAUCGUGCAAGUGUUGAUGCUCAUUUGUAAAUUGUCCAGCAUCAAGUUUGAAGCACUUGGAUUGAAAGAUUUUUAUAACCUAGGACCAUACAGUUUUGAGGCAUUGCAAGAGUAUCAGCUUCAAAAGCAAAAUCAAGCAUUGCAGGAAAAGCAAUUGUACAUUCAGCAACAACGCAUGAUGGAUCCUAUUGAAGCCCACAAUCCACUUUUACCUCAAGUUCAACCAGUCAACAAUGAGCCAGCGCCGCCAGCACAAAAGAAGAACCCACAAACAGCCAAGCUGGAUGAGAAUGCAACAGAACCGAUAGAGGAGUCUGAUGAAAAAUCUAAUCGUAGAACAGCCACUGAUAACAAAGCUAAUCCAGAAGUGGUGACAUCGCCAAGCUCCACUAUGGGGUUCAGUCUGGAUGAGAGCGAUGGACUUUCAGAACUAGAGCAACUUGAUGAUGCAGAAGAGAGGUACCCUUCUUUGGAACAUAUUGACAUUUUGGAUAAAGCAAACAGUGUAUCCUCGAAGGUGUCAAAGGCAUCGAGUACUUCUAAAUCGGGAGAGCCAGUAGCAGAGUCCGCAACGAAAGUCAAGAGUAACUUACCGCCUAAAAUUGAAACCGAUACAGAGAAACUAGCAGAUGAUAUAUUUGCCAAGAGCAAUUCUUCAAACACCCACAACGACGGUUUUUCACUAAGCCAACCACGCGGUGUAGAUUCAUCAGAUACAAAAAGUGGUUACAUUUCAGACCCGGCAGGGCGAUAUACAAGCAGCUAUCCUGAGAAUAAUAAUAGCAUCAUGACUUCCAAUACAGGAACCGACUCUCAUCUGAUUCCUAGGCCCGUCAAUUUUACGUCAUCAAAGUCUGCAAACUUUAUCAACCCCGAUGCGCACAAGAACAACAAUCCAUGGGUCGGAAAAGAAACAAAGAGUGCAGCUCCUGCAGACAGUAACUAUCAUUCCCUGGCAUCUUACUCAAAGGCACCUUGGGUGGAUCAACCUACUCUUUCCGAGAAAGGGGCAAAUUCCCCAGAGGAUGCUCGAUCGCCCAAUUUAUCCUCAAGGCCACAAUUUGCUUAUCCUAAUGCCUCGCAGAACGUAGCUUCUGAUUUAUCCAAUUACAAACCACAGCGGGAGAGAAACUUGAUUGACCUUGAAGUUGGUCUCCCUUCUUCCAAUUCAUCCUCGACCGAAUUGGGCUUGAACAACCAGAUGCGGUCUAGCCAGAAGAAUGAGUCCAAUUUAUCUCUAAUUGAUUUGAACAUCAACGAUGAGAAACAAGAGAAGCAGUUCGAGCAUAAGCAGCAAACCACUCUGAAGUCUGAAAAGCCGGUAUUCAAAAAACGAAUUCCAUCUUCUUCAAACCAUUCCCAAUUGUUUUUACAAGAGGAGGUUAUUGAUUUCGCAUCGGAUGAUGAGAAUAUCGACAACGGAUCCGAUAUGAGCAGACUCAAGAUUAGAAAUUCAUUAAAGAAGCCAAAAGGGCGCAAGUCGGGGGAGCUUAAAAGGCCUGAUAGUUUACAAGAAUCCAAGAAACGUCAUUCAUUCUUUGGUGGCUCAUAG